UUUGACUAUACAUUUCAAUGCUAGCACAUUUUUAAUUAUUGUGAUGAUUAAACUUCUCAAUAACAAAUAACAAACAACAUUAUAUCAUAUAUUUAUCUCAAAUGCUAGUCUUAUUUAAAAAACAAUAAUCAAUAAAAAAUUUUUAAUUCAUAGUUUCCACAAAUAAUUCAAAGAAAAUUCAAAAAAUGGUUUACUAUUUUGAAAGCGAUGUGGUCCAGCCUCCAGUGGUUUUAUUUAUGGGAGUUGAUAAACAUGAGAAUGAAGAUUUAAUUAAAUGGGGAUGGCCAGAAGAUGUUUGGUUUCACGUUGAUAAAUUUUCAUCAGCUCACGUUUAUUUACGACUUGCACCGGGGCAGACAAUUGAUGACGUACCAACAUCGGUACUAGAAGACGCAGCGCAAUUAGUAAAAGCAAACAGUAUUGAAGGAAACAAAGCCAAUGAUAUCGACGUUGUCUACACAAUGUGGUCGAAUUUAAAAAAAACACCGGGUAUGGAAGUAGGGCAAGUGGGUUUCCAUAAAGAGAAGGAUGUCAAAAAAAUUCAUGUACCUAAACGUAUUAAUACUGUGGUUAAUCGUCUCAACAAAACUAAACGUUCGGAGACUCCUAAUUUGAGAGCUGAGCGCGAGCAGAGAGACAGAAGUGAACGGGAGGAUAAAAAAAAAGUACAGAGAGAGUUGAGAGAGAAAGAAAAAGCUGAGAAGAAACAACGAGAGGAAGAAGCUGAAAUCAGGAGUUACUCUUCAUUAUUUUCCGACAGUAAAAUGACAGCAAACACAGAAGCUGGAUAUGAUUCUGAUGAUUUUAUGUAAUGUAUUAAUAUAAUAAAUAUAUAUAUUAUUUAAAAUAAAAAAAUCUUAAAUUAAAAUUUCAAAUCCUCUAUAUUGUAUAUUUACAAUAAAAAUACAUGAUUGACA